AUGAUUCUUGAACAUAAAAAAGUUUCGCCCUCUGGCCCUCCUACCGUCUCCUCCCGAGUAUUUAAGAGCCGCGACGUCAAGAGUGGGUCAUCAGGUAAUCAUUUCCAUUUAUUUCACAUUCCAUAGGUGGUUUUAGUCCUCCAAGCGAAUGUUUCCUAUGGCUUUUAGCCUUGGGGAAACUUUCAUUUCACAGAAUGUAUUAAAAUUUCCUCAAUUUUUAGUGUUUCUAUCACUUUUUCAUCCAAAAAUAAUUUUUACCGUAAUUUUCUUAUGCCGACUUCCUAUUGCUUUGUAUCACACCAACAGACUUAUCGUAGUUUAUAGGGAUGGAAAACCACAAAAGGCACAAUGACGAGGCUGAGGCCGCCGGCUUCCGGAUGUACGCUUUCAUCGGUGUCACCAUGUCUACGGUGGCUACUAUGAUCUGUGUGCUCUCCGUACCCAUGAUCUACAGCCACUUGCAGCACAUUCAAUCUGGAAUGCAGAGCGAGCUUGACUUCUGCAAAAUGAGAUCCGGAAACAUCCUCAGAGAAAUCACCCGAACUGAAGUGAGUUUUUGACUCGACCUAGUACAAUAUAGAAAACUUCAAAUAUUGUAUCUUUACUUUCUCGAUUUUAGUUCUUGGCCGGAGCCAACCCACGCAUCGCCCAUGCCAUCGGAAAACGUCAAUCCUACGGAGAAGAGGCUAGCGGCUACGGCAGCCCAGCUCCAGCUGCUCCAUCAUCUCCUUAUGGCGGAGGAAACCGCGGCGGAUUUGCUGCUCCAGCCCGACCAGCUUGCUGCGGAUGCGGUCACUCGCCAAACGGACCUCCAGGCCCACCAGGAGAGGACGGAGCUCCAGGAGAAGAUGGACAACAAGGACCUCCAGGAAAGGACGGAGCAGAAGGACCAACUCCUCGCCCUGCUCCUGCAUACAGCCCAUGCUUCGACUGCCCACCAGGCCCACAAGGAGCUCCAGGAAACGCCGGACCAAAGGGACCCAGCGGUCUUGGAGGACUUCCAGGUCAGAACAAACCCCGUGCCCGUCCAGGACCCCCAGGCCCACUCGGACCCCCAGGACCUCAAGGACCACCCGGAGACCAAGGACAAGAAGGAAACCCAGGACAUCCAGGCCGCUUGGUCGACACUCCACCAAAGAUCGGACCUCCAGGCCCACCAGGACCUCACGGACAACCAGGAGAACGCGGUCAACCAGGAAACGACGGCCAGCCAGGAACCAAGGGAUAUCCAGGACCAGCCGGAGACGAAGGACCAGAAGGAGAGCCAGGAAAGGACGGAGGACCAGGAGAGGAGGGCAAACAAGGAGAGAAGGGUCCCGAGGGAUCUUGCGAUCAUUGUGGCCCAGCCAAGACUGCUCCAGGCUAUUAG